AGUGUCAAGAUGGUUCUUUUGUUGGUUACACUGCUUCUCCUUCCUCAGGGAUAUAUGUUGGUCCCAGUGAAAACAGUUGCCCUUGGUCAACCAGCAACUUUUACAUGCCCAUUUCCUGCAGAUAUGCUGAGCAACAAUGAAGUCCACUGGUACAAACAGAGUACAGGGGAUACUCUUACAUUGAUUGUGAGGCUGCGGAAGCAUGCAGACCCUGCAUUUGGGCAGAAAUUUUCUUUCUCAAGAAUGACUGCAUCAAAAAAUGAGACUGUUAGCAGACUGACAAUACUCCGAACAGUUCCAGAAGAUGAAGGAAUGUAUCACUGUGCUAUCAUCGACUGGACAGAAAACGCUUGGCAUGGGACCUAUUUGUAUUUAAAAGAAAACGCUGAGAGGACACCAAUGCAUACUAUAGUUCAACAGUUGACGGCAGCAGAUUCUCACCUUCCAGGAGACUCUGUGACUUUACAGUGUUCAGUCCUCUCUAAUCCUGACAAGAUGUGUCCAGAAGACCUCAGUGUAUUCUGGUUCAGAGCCAGAUCACACAACUCCCAUCCACACACAAUUUAUGUAGAUGGAAACAAGCAUGAUGAUUGCAAUAAGAGAAAUGACUCUCAGAGGAGAUGUGCCUUUUCUAAAACCAUCAGCUCCACUGACAGUGAUACUUACUACUGCGCCGUGGCCACAUGUGGAGAAAUAUUUAUUGGAAAGGAAACAAAAGCCAAAGUUCAAGAUGAUUUAGGGUUCAGCUUGUGGUUCCAAGAUACCAACAAAGUUGUUCUUCCAUUCUGCGUGGUUUUAGCUUUAAGUCUUAUUUCAACAGUUGUUGUGUUAUUCUCCAUUAGCACAAGCAAGUAUAUGGACAACAAAGCUGGGGUUGACCUACACAACUACUAUAGUCGUAGACAGGGGGUUGAAUAUGGACAGAUGUACUCUGUGGUUGUCUUCAGCAUAAGAAACCAGAAAGUGGAUCCCUAAAACAACCAUAGAGAGAGAAAGUUCACACGAAUCAAAGUUUUUGGACUCGAGAUCUUUGGUGUUGCCUGUAACUAAAAAUCGAAUAGAUACUUGUUUAGAUCAUAGUGCUUAAUAAAAUAGAGAGAAGUGUGAAUAAAAUAAGAUCUAUUAUAUUUCAAUUGAUGUUUUUAGAAAUAUGUUUUGUAUUUGUAAGAAAAUAUUUAUAGUACAAGUUUUUUUUUGUCUUUUAAUAGAGCUGCCUACAUGGAGGAUACUUGAAAUGUAAUUUUCUUUGUUCAAAAUUUUGUCCAGGUUUUUAUGUCAUUUCUGUCUUUCUUUGCUAGUCUAAAUUCUUUUGUGAC